GUCGCGGGCCGGUCAAAGACCAGGGGCCUUCUUCGUUUGUCAACCAACGAACUAAUCGUAAAAGUAGGUAUUACCGCAAAAGCUAGACGUGUUAUGCAUUUUCGAGUGGAUAACGUGAGACAUGCACGUGGUUUUUGUUGCUCUUGAUUAAAUUCAGUUUGUACAAUAGCUAAGUUGUUAUAAAGUGGACGAACUGCGAACUUACUUAUCAGAUCAAACGCUAACGCGAGUGACUCACUUGGCCGACGUUGGGGUAUUGUAAAAAAACGUUUAGGAAAUAAGUAAGAUGCUAGUGAACAGAUUGUUUGUGCUAUUCUUGCUACUGGGGUUUUCCUGCGGACAAAGGAAUUUCAUCUAUAAUUCGCUAAAAAGGUUCCCACGACUAUCUGCCUUGAAUUUACAACAGAGGUUGUAUGACCUACGAAAAAGGAACAUGGAAAGAAAUCGAGUAUGUUACGAAACUGUCGGUUGCUUUCAUGUUCCCCAACACGUGAGGUCUCCACUCCGAAAAGCUCCCGAAGAUCCGAAAAUGUUAGAAACGAAAUUUUACUUGUUCAGAAAGGAGUUGAACUUUUCCCAUCCACAACUUCUAAAUUACGACGAUAACGGAAAAGUCCUACAAAAAUCCAAUUUCGUCCCACAGGAAAAAUUAAAGGUGAUUAUCCAUGGUUAUAUGACGACAUGGAACGCGAAGGGAAUCUUGGCAGCGACAGAUGCCUACUUGAAAUUUUGCAAUUGUAGCAUAAUUCUAAUGGAUUGGGAAAAAGGUGCGAGAGGUCCACAAUAUCCUGUAGCAGCAGCUAAUACCGAACUGGUUGGAAGACAGUUAGGACUUCUAUUACUGAAAAUGGUAAAUUUGGGCCUCAAACCCAAAGAUAUACACCUUAUUGGAUUUUCCUUAGGAGCACAUGUCGCAGGUUGUGCUUCAGAAACGCUUAAAAAAUGGGGACAUAUGAUUGGCAGAAUAACUGGAUUGGACGCCGCCAGUCCGCUUUUCAGGCAUAACCAUUUCAAAGAGAAAAGCAAAAAAUUAGACAAGGGAGAUGCUGAAUAUGUUGACGUUAUACAUACCGACGCAAGUCCGUUUUUCAUUGACGGGUUCGGAUUAUUGGAACCAAUAGGUCAUGUAGAUUUUUUCCCGAAUGGAGGUUUUGAACAACCCGGUUGUGUUGACGGAAGGGCUUCAAUCGUUUUAACAACAAUAGAAAGAACAUUAACAGUGGAACUUGCCUGUAGCCACUUGAGAGCAUGGAAAUUGUUCUUAGAAAGUAUACAAAGGGAAGCCGAAGGGGGCGGCUGCGAGUUUAUAGCAUACAGAUGUCGAAAUGGAGGAUUUAAGAGCUUCCAAAGGGGACAAUGUUUUCCUCAAAUAGAAAAGUCAUCUAGUCGUCUAGCAUUGGAUCCUUCUUACAGAACUGACGUAGGGAAAUUCGGGGCAAAUUCGUAUGGAAAAGGGAUAAUGUAUCUGGUAACAAGAGGCUCGUCUCCGUAUUGCGGUUCCCAACUUCAAGCUUCUCUCAAAUUAUCGCAAAAAACUACAGCCGCUAAAGGUACUCUCUAUAUGGUCAUCGAAUACCUAAACUACACGGUAUCGUUCUUGAUAAAUUGUCAGUUAUACGACUUCGUGACAAGUUCGAAAGAAAUAAACGGAUUGGCAGCAGCUACAUAUCAAACACUUACGGAAGAUGUUCAAGAAGUAACUGCGACAUUAGUUUACAACGGUGUUGAGUAUAUUAAUGCCCAAAACUUAACAAUAUUCUCGGAUUUAUUUGUUGAUAGAGUGAUCCUAAGGGAUAUUUACGGGAACAGUUGGAACUAUUGUGGUCCCGAAUUUCAUUUAAAGGAUAAACACAAUGUACCAGUAGUUCUGAUAUUAAAGAAAAAGGAUUGUGAUUAACAAAAGAGUUCUAGUAAAAUUAUCAAAUAUUCUCAUUAAGCAACUGAGGUAGAAGUAGUAGAAAAACGCUGCAGAUGUUGCGUAUAAUUUAUGUAAGAGAGAAUGAGAUGUCAUCGUCACGAAAAACGGUACAGGGACAAAACAAAAGCUAGUUCGACAAACACGUAUUAGACAAUAAUUGAUCAAAAAUUCUUACUUUUAUGUUUAUGU